UCAGAUCGAGCUGUUCAUGCAGGAAAUGCUGAGUGUUGUAUGCACGCUCCUCCCAGAAGACCCCUAUGAGUACAUGAUGAAUCAUGUUGUGUCAAAUCGCCCGGCACCACCACCAGCAGAGAGCCAGCUGUGUGGCAGUGGUGCACUAUGGGUCCUUCUGCGAGAUGGAGAUCCACAGAGUGCUGAACAUUGGCGUUUGCGACGCUGCUGGCUGACAGGAAAAGGAAGCUUCUGCAUCAGCACGGAGCCAGCAAGUGUCACGAGAGAAGGUGAUAAAGUCAAGAUGAAGGCGCCCAGAAACACAGCCUCGGCCACUCAUCCCAUUGAAGUGGGUGGCUCCUUUCGUGAACUGGAUGACUCAGAAGCUGCCCGACCCUUCGCGUUUACGUUGGUCACUGGUGGGAAGGAGUUGUUUUUGGCUGCUGGCUCUGAGGAACAGAGGGACGAAUGGUUCAACCUCUUGGGGCACUUUGCAGAUGCAGACCGCAGGAAAGGGCCACUCCCCAAGAGCAGCAUUGUCUCCCCGCGCAGUGGUGGAACGCAGGUGGUGGAUGCCAUUGGUCUAACUGACAUCCCCAUGCGGCCCACCGUGAAAGAUCCAGUGAAAGUUCAGCCCAGCCAGGGCACCCGUGACCCGGCAAAGACCUUGAAGCCGAUCUUGAAGACCAGGCCAUCACAGAUGGAGUCAGGAAAGGUCCCUGCGAUUCGAAUUCCGAGACGUUUGCCCAAUGAUCCCAUGGAGGCCUGUGGAGAUAGCACCCGCAGAAGCUCCAUCCGUUUCAAUGACGAUGUCGAGAGACGUGAGUUCCAGGUUUCUCGGGCAGAUCCGGUUCCUGCCAACAUGCGAGCGCAUGAGAGUCGGAAGAAACCUUCUCUUGGGACUGUGAAAGCCAGGACAGGGGAUGGUCAGGAAGUGGUGGUGAGACCAAAACCCAAAGGGCCUCCAAGUCCAAAGGGAGACGAAGCGCAGACGGUUCUCGCGUCACCUCACAGUGAGAUACUGGAAGGUGAAAUCGGCAAGAACAUCGUGAAGGAUAUGCUGAGAGAAGUUGCCAGCCCAAAACCAGACCGGGAAAGCGAAAUCGCUGAUGAUCCCCUGUCGCCUGCAGGCGUUGCGGCUGCAAGUCUCGUGGAUGAUCUGAUUGCAGAGACUCAAGGCCGAGAAAGCAUUGUUCCCAGCGCACGGUCUUCUGCCACCCCUGGUGAAGCCAUUGGCGAAAUCGCAGCAGGUAUGAUUGAUUCCAUGAUGUUGGACCCCAUCAUUUCCAUCAUGGACGAACCUAUGGAUCCUGCCAUGCUGCUCUUCGGUGAAACUCCAGCCGACACACCAGCUCAUGCAGAUACUCUUCGCCUGCCGCCGGGCAACGAGUUUGUUGAGGGUUCCGGGAAGGAAUGGCUGGCGGAGGAAAUGAGAAAGAUCGAAGAGUUACGUCAUCAAGCCCAACAAGAGUUGGAUGCUGCAGAGCGCAACCACCGAAGUGCUGAAGAGAAAGCCAAACAAGCGGGGGAACGCUGGAGAAACGACGAACUUCAGAAGUUGGAGCAACUGCGACUGCAGGCGCAGAGGGAACUGUCGGAGGCAGAACAGGCACAGCGUCGCACCCGCGAAGAGAUCGAGAAGGCCGGUGAAGCCUGGCGUGCGGAACGGCUCAAGGACAUUGAAGAAUUGCGGCGCUUGGCACAAAAGCAACUGGAUGAGGCGAAGGAGGUAGGUGAGUUGACUGCAGCUGAAGUGAAGAGGGCCGAAGAGCGGAGGGAACAAGUGCGAAAGGAAUUGGAAGAAAAACGUAAAGCCUUGGAUGCUCGGUGGCGAGCAUAUGAGGGUCUUGAAGGUGGCACCUUUGAUGGUGGAAAGGACGAAGAAGUUCUAGAAGAGAUCCGAAGACAGGCGCGGAGCGAGAUGCAGGAUUCCGAGGCAGCGCGCAUCGCGCAUGAACUGCAGGAGAGAGCGCAAAAGGAGAUGCGCGAUGCUGAGGAAGCGCAAAGAAAAGUCAUUGAAGCUGCACAAAAAGCAGGGGAUGAGUGGAAGGCAGAAGAGAUGCGCAAAAUUUCCGAGCUUCGAAAAGCGGCUGAGAAGGAGUUGGCCGAAGCCGAAGAAGCUCAGAAGAAGGCAGCGGAAGCUGCGCGACGAGCCGGAGAGGAGUGGAAGACCGAAGAGCUGCAAAAAGUUGAGGAUCUCCGUAAGCAGGCGGAGAAAGAGCUGGCAGAGGCUGAGGAAGCUCAGCAGAAAGCCGCCAAAGCUGCAGCGCGUGCGGGUGAAGAGUGGCGAUCCCCAGACCUCCAGCGGUUAGAAGAGCAGCUCCAACAAGCUCAGAAGGACCUUGAAGUUGCGAAGCAAGUGGUUGAAGCUGCUCGGGGCAGCACUGCAGCGCCCGAGUCGGAAGAACUGGAUGCGAUCCGCGCCAUCAGGCAGAAGGCAGAAAGGGAGUUAGAACUGGCGCAGGAUGCCCAUCGGAAAGCUCGAAGGUGUAAAAGACAGGCCCAGCAAGAGCUGGAGUCUGCCCGACUCCAUGUGGCAAGGGAAAAGGUGGCGGAAGAAACCCGGAAAGCUGAAGAGCUUCGAAUUCAAGCUGAGAAGAUCAAAAAAGAGGCAGAAGAAGCUCAUCGACAGGCUGAGGCAAUGCGUCAAGAGGCCAGGCAAGACCUGGAAGCUGCCAGACGAGAAGUGCCUGACGUACCUCAACUACCCUUGGAGCAAAAUCGAAGCACAAUCAUUGCAACCCAAGGCGAUCAAGAGACAUCCAGAAGCAUGGGACGACUUUCGGCAACCCAAAGCGAGAUUUAUCGUGAUGUUUUCAAUGAUGCUGCUGUGAGUCUGGUGGCGGACAUCUUCUCAGAAUCUAUCACAGCAGCAGAGGAAGCAAAGAAGAAGGCAGCUGCUGAGAAAUCUCGCCAACCUGUGCGGACUGACAAGGGAGAUGAUGCGGGGGGCUUAUCCUUUCAUGGCAUUGGAGAACCUCAGCACUCUGCAACUUGUUCAACCAAUGCAACCAAGGCCACAAAUUUCUCCGAUGCCGUCGCAGAGAAUCUUUCCAAUGAUGUGCUGCGUCGUAUCAUUGGUUCCAGUGUGGCAACGGAGGAUGAUGAGGAUGCGACCGUGCGCAGACGGGCCAGAAUGCAGGCAGAUCUGAUCCAGGAAGAAGCCCGAAGGGCGGCGGCCAAAGAGGAUCAGGAUGCCUCCACAGCAAUGGUGGAAGCUGACGAGUGGAUUCGGGUUGCUGAGGAAAACAUGAGAAAUGCAUUGGAACUGGCGCAGAGAGCCCUACUUGUAGCCCAAGGAAAAGAGGUACCCAGCGAGCCAAGAGCAUCAGAGACAGGGAGUAAGGCCAUGGCCCCUCGGCCGCAAGAGAGUCACGUGGCAGUUCAACGCGUCACCAACGACUUGCUGGGACAAAUACUGGGUGCACAUGUGACCGGAUCUGAAGCUUCUGACGCCAUUGACAUGUCAGAGGUGGGUGCUCCCAUGGAGGAUUUGAUGCUGCUGGUCUUUGACACCUUGGAUUACAACAGCCUGAACCAUCCCAUUUUUAUCGACCAGCUACUGUCCACCUUGCGCAGCCUGGGGCUGGCUGAGAAGCACGCCUCAUCUCUGCAGAUCAAGUUGAGCCCUGGCAGCGUGGUGGCUGAGAUCUUUGGUCCUCCAGCUGUCAGGAAGCAUUUGGAGGCAGUUCCGCUGCAGUAUGUGGAGGUCAUGGGCUGCUAUGCCCGGAAGUUGCCGCGAGCCCCGCCAAGACCGAAGCAGAGUAGACCAGUGAGCAGCUUGUCAGAUGCCACCGUGCUCUCGGCAGAUUCCAGCCGACAUAUGGAAACUCAAGCCAAUCAGCUGCUGAAUAUGUGGCUUGAGACGCCCAAGUCGGAUGCUUUAACGACCAGGUCUGACAUGGAUACCAUUGCAAACCAAAUGGUGAGCCAUUUUGUCGCGACUGGCCCUCAAGAAUCUGCUCGGCAGGCCAUUUUGGCAGCCAAAGCAAAGGCCAAACAGCACGAGGAACCAGAGGUUGUUGAGGACUUCCAUGAGGAACAAGUUCCAGCUGCCCAACAGGUGGCAGCUAGCACCACAGAGGCCCUGAUCCGUGCUGCCCCUUUGCAGGCAGUGAAGCAAGAUCUCGAGCCCGCAGUUGAGCCAGAGACACCCAGAUCGGUGGCUCAAACUGAUACUCAUCAGUCAAAUGUUCCCUAUGUGAUUCAUGCCACUGACCUAGCCACCCAUGCUGUGACGCGUGCCAUGAUCAGUGAAUGCCCCACUUCGGUGGUGGUGUCAGAAGCUGGCUCGCCACAUCCUGAGCAUCAGCAGUUGGAGGGCUUCAUCCAAGACACCAUUGGCAGGUCCACUGAGGCAGCAGCUGCAGAAACGGAGAUCAUCCCAGAGGAAGGCGUUGUGCAGCCCUUUGUGUCAGAGUUGGCGCAAGACAUGACACAGGAGGCAGUUGACAAUUUGGACACCCAACCAACACAACCCACCCAACCGACCCAACCAACGCAACCCACGCCACCUGAGAUUGAAGAGGCAGCUGCUGUGGGGGCUGGAGAAGAAGAAGCAGCAGCUGCUGCUGCGAAGGCGAAAGCUGCUGCAGAUGUGAUGGAACCACAAGUGACAGAGGUGGCAACAGCAGAGGGCGGAAAGGCAGAACCUGCAAAAGAUGUACAGGAGCAUGAAGAGGAACCCCAGGAACCUGGCACCCCUGUGUCAGUGGGUGCCACAAGCUACUCACUCCUGUGCGACUCCUAUGCUGCAGACGCUGCAAAUAGAACUUUGGAGAACGUCUUAGCUGCAGACAUGGCUCAAGAAGAGCACGAGCAACAAGCGCAAGAAGCAGAAGAUGUAGCCAAGCCAAAACAACAAGAGGAAGAGAGUCAGCCACAGGACCAUGCAGGCCCUCCAGCCCCUGCGCUUCCAGUAGAUGACACAGCAGAUCAUGUUCAACAACAUGAAGCGGAGGAAGAAACACCUGUGUCAGUGGGUGUUGCCAGCCAAUCGUUGGCGUGCAUUUCUUAUGCAGCUGACAUUGCCACCAAGGCGGUGGACUAUGCAAUGGCCAGUGAGGAGGCAGCAUCUGAUGUCAUGAGGCCUAUCUCUGCAGCGAUCACUGAGCCCGAGCCUGCAGAGCCCACAGAGCCUGCAGAGCACGCAGAGCAUGCGGAUGUGGCUCUGGAAGUUACUGAGGAGGUCUUCACCAAUGUGCACGAACCCAGGGAGGUGGAUCUUGCUUCACCUUCUGCCCCCGAGCGGCCUGAGCAUCCCAGUGAGCCAGUGCAGCCGAGAGUUUUAGCUGAUGAUCGACGACCCAGCACUCCUGUGUCAGUUGGGGCUGCCAGCAACUCCCUCAUGUGCGAUUCCUAUGCAGCUGACAUUGCUCACAGAACCAUGGAUUAUGCCUUAGCCCAAGAUGUCGGCCAGCAAGCAGAGAAGCCCUCCAACGCACCAGCGGUCCAACCAGUUGAGAAACCAUCGGAUGUACCAGCUGUUGUUGAAGAAGUCAAUGCUCGACCUGGUACGCCAGAGUCAGUUGGUGGCACCAGCAACUCAGUGGCAUGUGACUCAUACGCUGCAGACAUUGCUCACAGGUCGCUGGACUAUGCGCUGAUUUCGGAGCAGAAUCAGCAGAGAGCAAAGGAGCAAGAGCCGAAGGAGCCAGGCACACCAGGCACUCCGAUGUCCAUUGGAGGCACCAGCAAUUCGGCGGCCUGCGAUUCCUGUGCCGCCGACAUGGCCAACAAAGCUCUGCAGGAGGCUCUUACUGAAGCUGCAGCUGAAGCUGCAGCUAGUCAGCCGGAUGUGGGGGCACAGCAAACAACCACCCAGGUGACUCAGGUGGCGCAAGCGAGCCAGCAAGAUGGGCGGAAGGGCGCAACUUCAGCAGUGCAGCGACAAGACACAGCCAGCUGUCAUGACAAUGAGACGUUGAUCGGAGCUGGUGCAGAGCUGGCCAAAGGCUUGGUGACUCAUGCCAUGGAAGAUGCGGUGGCUGCUGAAGGUACAGCCUCUGAUGUUCACACCCUUGAAGCUGAAGCCACCAGUGUGCACCCUGUUGGGCCAUUGAUGAAGCCGGGUGCUCCGGAUACAGAGGUAGGAUCCCGAACACCUGUUUCAGUGGGUGGUGCAUCUUUGUCUCAGGCCUGUGACGCUUAUGCGUUGGCUGUGGCCAGCACUUCUGUUGAUAAGGUGUUGGCGCGAAUGCAAGCAUCUCCUGAGGUGCAAAGCAGCCCCUGGGAGACUCAGCCCCAGCCCAGUCAGGGUCCAGGUCAGCCUGGUCAGGGCGUUGUGAAGCAACCGCAGCAACCACAGCAGCCUCAGCAGCCUCAGCAGCCUCAAACUGAGACUACACAGAUUCAACAGAAUGUUCAACAGAAUCAGACCCCAUCGCCACCAUUGCCAGCCACAGGGCCCACCCUGGAAAGACGAGACACCGGGAGUGUGGUCACUGAGUCCGUUGCCAUCGGACAGAUCGAUCUUGCACACCUGGUUUCCAGUGCGGUGACUGAAGCUUGUCGUGAAGCAAAUCUCAGCAUCAUCGCAUCGGUGAAUUCUGACCAAGAGGUGGAUGAAGCUGGCCCUGAGCAAGUGGUGCGACAGGCCGUGGAAGAAGCUUUGCGGAUUGAGAUCUCGCAAAGAGUAUCAGAAAUACAAACAAAAGAGAACAAUAAGGAUGGUCCAGGUACUCCCCUCUCCAUUGGUGGUGCGAGCGUCUCUGCGGCCAACGAUGCAGAUGUCAUGGCUUUGGCCAGCCGAUCCGUGGAACAUGUCCUGGCAGCAGUCAAGGCCUCCGCGCAGAAGCAAGAGGAGACAUCACCUGCUUCCGUUAGUGGUGUCAGCAAUUCAUUUGCCCAUGAUGCUGACGCAGCGGCCUUGGCCAGCAAAUCAGUAGAGAAGGUGCUACAAGCCAUGCAGCUGCCAGAGGCUGAUGGCAUUCACAGUGUGGCAACUGAUGGGCCCGUGGUGCACCUGGAUCAACUGAACCCGGCGGAGAUUGCCAGAGUUGCAGCCGAAGAAGCCAUCCGCGCAGAACAGGCCGCAAGAGAACAGGCGGAAGAAACUCGAGAGGGUGGCAGCCAACACACCCAAACAGGUGAACAGCAAGCCGAUGCAGCCGCGUCUAGCGGGGGCACCAGCGUAGGCCACCAUGUUGCAGCUGAAAUUGCCAGCAGAGCUGCUGCAGUUGGGUUGGGAGGAGCAGGUGAUACUUCAGUUCACGCUGUGGCUCAUAGUGAUGCGACCUCCCAGCCUGGGCAUCCAACUGCCCCAUUUGCUGUACCUACAACAAUCAGUGAGGUGACAAAUUCCCUAGCUCAACAGCCCCAAGCUGACGUUGGAGGAAUUGUUUCCACCGCGUUGGCAGAAGCAGCUCGAGAUGAUACUGAGAUGACGGUCGUAGCUGCCAGCGAUGAAGGGUCUCUGGCACAACUAGAUCCAGCUCAGUUAGCUUUAGCAGUUGCAGAAGCAGAGAUUCGAGCAGAAGAAGCCGUGAAAGAGCAGCAAAGGGGUGCUAUGGAGAAAGCAGGAGGAGGCACAGACCAACCAGCCCGCACAUACACAAGAGAAGAUAGGCCCACCACACCUGUGUCCACAGGGGGGACGAGCGUUGGCCACCCUGUUGCAGCCGAUGUUGCCAACAGAGCUGCUGCAGUUGCGCUGGAAGGAGCAGGCGCUACUUCAGUUCACACCCUGCCUGCUGUGACUACCACAAUCAGUGAGGUGACCAAUUCCGUAGCUCAGCAGCCCCAAGCUGAUGUUGGAGGAAUUGUUUUCACUGCUUUGGCGGAAAUAGCUCGAGAUGCAGAAAUGACAGUCAUAGCCACCACCAGCGAUGAAGGGUCUCUUGCACAGCUAGAUCCAGCUCAGUUAGCUUUAGCAGUUGCAGAAGAAGCGAUUCGAGCAGAAGAAGCCGUGAAAGAGCGGCAAAGGGCUAUGGAGAAAGCAGGAGGAGGCACAGACCAACCAGCCCGCACAUACACAAGAGAAGAUAGGCCCACCACACCUGUGUCCACAGGGGGGACGAGCGUCGGCCACCCUGUUGCAGCCGAUGUUGCCAACAGAGCUGCUGCAGUUGUGCUGGAAGGAGCAGGCGCUACUUCAGUUCACACCCUGCCUGCUGUGACUACCACAAUCAGUGAGGUGACCAAUUCCCUAGCUCAGCAGGCUCAAGCCGAUUUUGGAAGAAUUGUUUCGUCGGCGUUGGAUCAAGCAGCACAUGAAGAUACUCACACGACAGUCAUUGCAGGCACUAGUGAUGCUGCUAUCACCCAACCCGAUGCUGCGCAGCUUGCCUCAGCUGCAGCAGACGGAGCCAUCCGUGCAGUGGACGCUGGAAAGGCUGCUCGGGCCCAAGGCCCUGAGCCCAUCUCCCCUGUCUCGGUCGAGGAAAGGGCUGCAGAUGUUCCAUAUGCCGUGGAUGUGGCCAACCGGGCCGUGCAGCUUGCAGUUGCAGGUGAGGGCACAGGCUCCGAGGUUCAUACCCUAGUUGCAGAGACGGCCAGUGAGGUGGGUCAGCCUGGAAUGCCGACAGUAGUAGACAGAGCAGUGGAAGCUGCUGUAACUGACCGAGAAGAAGAGGCUGUGAGUGACGUGAGCCAUUUUCCUGAUCACAAGGUUGGGAUUGAGUUGGUUCAUGAUGUCUUGCCGAAGACAAUCCUCGAUGGACCCCAGGCAGGUGGUGGCACUGUCGUCAUUAGCGAAGCAAGUCACGCCACAACAACAAGCAAAGAUGCGCAGCGGAUGGCGGAGCAAGCAGCAGACCAGGCAAUCCACGAGGCUAUAGAAGCAGAUGGGCCUUUAAGUGUCAUUGUUAGUGAUGGGGGUGUGACACCAGUUCCUCCAGUUGCAGAGCAUCCUGGCACUGAUGUGCCAGCCAGCGCGGGAGAAGAUGUUCAUGCCGCUUCUGCAGCACAUGGAGGUAGAGGUGAAGGUAAGGAACAAGGCCAUGAAGCAGCUGAGCCUUCGAACUUUGGAGGCAGCAUGGCACACCACCCAGUCCAGCCACCUAUUCAACCUGAGCGCGGACCUGAAGCGGUCACAACAAUCACUGAGGUCAGUCAGGCAGCUCAAACCAUGGUCAUUGGAGCUACCGGCGACGCUGGGACUUUGCUACAGCCACAUGCAGAGUUGCCUGCAGUCGCAGAAGAAGCCAUUCAAGCAGACGCAGACAGACAAGCAGAUGCAUCAGCUUCCCAAAGCAGGCUGGACCAACUGGGCGUCAGCCAAACAAGCAUGCAAGGCAGUCAUGGCAGUCAGGGAGUGAGCCAGACCAGUUUCCACGUGAGCCAGACGACUUUCCAAGUGAGUCAGAGCACCUUCCAGGCAAGUCACACCACCUUUGACCCAGGAGAGCCAACCCAGUCCACCUUCCAAACAGGUCACAAUGCAAACCUGUUCAACAGCACGGCCCCUGCAGUUGUUGGUGUGCAGCAGGGUCCACGGGUUCCGCCGCUUUGGGAUCCACAUCCACAAUCUGAUGGCUUCUAUGGUUGGGAGGCCCGCUCACCCAGUGAUGCAUCUGACGCAGACCAUCCAGCUCUUCCGGCCGACACCCUUCCCACCUUCGUUCCUGCCGUUGAUGAUCGGGACGCGACGUUGCCAGCAUCAGAUUUGCAUGGGCAUUGGGCUGACCCAGGAGCCCAAACUGUCAAGCCGCACAGUGGCUUCACUGCACGCAGUGGCUACAGUGAUGAUUCCAGCGGUCAGUCACCAAGACCGGGCCAGCCAAUUGUAAACACCAGCAUCCUUACCCAGCUGUGUAAUUUGCUGAAUGCGCCUGAUACACCAGACAGUGAAGUGGAAAGAGUGCGCCGAGGCCCACUUAGAAAGGUCAGAACGCCUGAGGAGCAAUCGCCUGCAUGGGGAGGGGGAGUUCCAUCAGCAUCAGCAGCAUCACCAAUAUCACCUUUCCAGGCAGAAACAGAGGUGACAAUCACAACAUCCCCAGCAAAAACCAAGAAGAGCAUGCACAGCGCCGCCAGGUCAGCAGAUGAAACUUUGCCAAGCUUACAUCCAAGCACCAGUGGGCCGCAUGAUGCAUAUGGCCAUGAAGAUGAUCAGUCGCCUUUCCAAACAGUGCCCAUGUUCCAAUCAGAUUUGCACAGCCCACCUGAAAGGCGAGAUCGCAGAGUGCCAGAGGAGCCAGCGGCCGAUCUCUUCCAACGCCGCACCCCCCGCAGCCACCAAGAGGCUGAGGAGCUGGUUGACCCAAAUCUGAUCUCACAACUGUGCCACUUGCUGAAUGCCCCUGACACACCAUCAUCUGCAGCUGCUGCAGCUGCAGCUGCAGCUGCAGCUGAGGUUCACAAGCCCUCAAGGGCAGCUGCUGCCACAGCUGAAGCUUCCAAGGUCAAGCAGCCUAGCCGAGCCAAACCAGCAGAGGAAACACUGCAGAGACCCUCAGACCCCAUGAGCGGAUGGGCUGAACCUGGUGAGACACUUCCAAUGUUCCAGUCGGAUUUGCAUUCUCCUCAGACACCUGAUGAAAGAAGAGCACGAAGAGAUAGAGAGCACGCAAGACACAGAGCUGAUCCUUUUGACAUGGAUUUUGAUCAGACGGCCACUGCCAGAACAGAUGAGGAGUCCCGACAGCAGUCCUUGGUCGACCCAAAUCUCAUUGCACAACUGUGCAGGCUUCUAAACCAGCCAGAAACACCGCCCAGUGACACGGAAAGGAUCCGUCGUGAGCCACCUCCCAGGAGAGCCAAAGAGCAACCAGGCCUCUUUCGGGCCGAUCCACAGAUUGGUGGCGAAUCACAGCCGCACACAGCAAGGACCUCAGUGCGAAGUCGUGGCACAGCUUCGGACCAAGCCUCUGGCGACAGUGAUGUCAAUGAGGCGCUGGAAGAAGAAGUCUUCAACAUCAUGGACAUGCUUUGUGUACAGAUUGAAGAACCCCAAGCAUAG